AUGUCUUCCCCAUCACCCUCGUCCUCCUCGUCUGAAGACCUUUACGAGGAUGUGUGUGCUGACUGGACGAUCGUACUUCCUCGCCACAGCAAACGCGAGUACCUGCUCGCACAGAUCCGCCAGAAGAACGCUAUCAUCGAGUCGCUCCUCAAGCAGAUCCACAACCCUUACCUCGCGACUCCGAUGUCCAUCGCGUCCUAUCGCAUGGCAACGUCGCCUACGGAUCAGAACAACCAGAACAUCCUCGCCUGGCUGGAUCGGCUUCAGGCGAGCGUGCAGGCUGCGGGCACCGUCGCGCCAGGUGCGUUCAAAAUGGACACCCGCGCGGAUCACACGGACGAGUCCUCCGACGACGCCCCGGAGGGUGGCGCUGGAGAGGCGACGGAGCGUGGCAGCGUCGGACACCCAGAGGACGAUGAGCCGCUCAAGGAUGCGGAUGACCGGCCCACGGCGCUCCCGAACGAGGCGGUGCCCAUCGGUAUGCUCGCGAACCUCGCGCUUGAUAACAAGCCAAAGCGGCGGAGGAAGGCGCCGGCAAAGCCCAAGGAAGGCGAGUCAAGUGACGACGACGUGGGCGUCGCCUGCGAGUCGUUCUUCGACCCUGGGCCUGCGUUCAACCUGGGGAUGCGCGCGACGAUGAUCGAGAGCGUCAGCCCACCCGAGAUCCUGGUGCACGGCCUCGUCACGCCGGACGACGUCGAGAAGCUCUUUAAGAUCUACUUUGAGCGCGUCAACGUGCACUGCGACGUUCUCGACCCGGUCCUCCACACGCCUGCGUCUACCUUCGCACGCUGUCCCUUCCUCUUCACCGUCGUGUGCGCCAUCUCGUCUCGGUACUACCCGGAGAAGGCAGAGAUUUAUCCUAUCGCCAUGCACUUUGCCAAGCACGCGGCCGCCUCUGCGCUCCUCAACGGAUGGAAGUCGGUCGAGCUCUCCCAAGCAUACAUCCUCAUGUCCUUGUACGGAGUGCCGGCCCGUCGCUGGGAGGAGGACCGCAGUUGGUUGUACACCGGUCUCGCCAUCCGCAUCGCCACCGAUCUCAACCUGCACGUCGUGUCCAACGUCAAGCCGCGCACGGAGAAGCAGGAGCGCGAGAUGGUCAACCAGGCUCGGGUGUGGAUGCUGUGCUUCAACCUCGACCGCUCGACGUCGGCGCAGUUCGGAAAACCAUCGACCAUCCACGAAGACUACCUCAUUCGCCAUUCUGCCGAUUGGUACAAGUCGUCGCGCAUGAACUCACCUCUCAACAUUGGGACGUCCGCGUAUGCCGCCAUGCUCCGUAUCGUCUCUCGGUUCCAUACGGAGAUCUACAGCGAUCUGGAUUCUCCUACCGGUCUCAAUCAAACUGCGGACUUCCGAUCCAUCAUCUUGCAAUAUGACCAGGAACUCAGCGCUUACUACGAGGAGUGGAUGACACGCUUCCGGAGCGAUUCGGACCCAUCGGACCCUAUUCUCAAGUUCCGUGCGGACUUGCUGCCCUUCCUCACUGGUUACUCCCGUCUGGUGAUGUACUCGUUCGGGUUCCAACAAGCCUGGAAGCGGGGAUUGCAGCCUGAAGACCGGUUGCUGCUGGAAAAGUGCUACGACUCCGCAACUCAGGUCAUCGUGACGUUCGUGGACUCCUUAAUCCCGUCUGGUUAUAUGCGCACGUCGCCCGACGGUCACUUCGUCUUCGCCUCCUUCGCUUCGGCGUUCCUUCUCAAGCUUUUGCGUCCCGAAUUCUCGAAUUUCGUGCCCCGAGAGCGCCAACAGGACAUCUUCGACCUCAUCACCCGUCUGAUCGACAAGCUGGGCUCCCAAGAGGUCGCUAUCGAUGAGCGUCACACUCCCGCGUUGCACUCCCGCUUCCUCCACUCGCUCCUCCGGAAGCACCGCCGCGAGCUGGCGGCUGAUUCCCGCAACGCGCCGGGCGGCGGCGGUGCCUUCCAGUCCCAUCCCUCCCAGGCUGGCGGCGGCGCUUCGACGCAGUACUCCUCCCUCGGGGGCGCCAAUGGGAGCGCGGGUGCCCAGUACGACGCUGUCUACGAGAGCAGCAGCCCUGCGUCCUCGUACGGCAUGGCGACGUCUCCGGUGUUCGAGAAUGAGCCGGCGUACACUGCGACGAACGGCGGCAACAUGUUCCAGUUCGGUCAACAGCAGGACGAGCACUGGGGCGCGUUGAUGGCGUUGCAAAACCCGAACUACUGGAAGGACAUGAUGAUGCCUGGCUUCUCAUGGCCGGAGACGCCUCCCUCGAUGCAAGACGUCAACGGCUUCAUCAACACAAACACGUACAUGGCCGCACCCAUCAGCGGCUGA